AUGGCAGCUCAAAACCACAUGCAUAACCUUACCACUCUCAUCAAACGACUCGAAGCUGCAACCUCACGCCUCGAGGAUAUCGCCUCGUCAACCGAACUUCCCAAAGAUGUCCCCGGUCUUGGGCAGCCUGCGACUCCUUUGUCGGACACAGCUGUAGCACCAACUCCGCCGCCCGUUCAGAAAGAGGAGCCUCAGGAGGCGCUCCCCGAAUCUAUAGAGGAUUUCGAUGCCUUUCUAAACACGAGCGUUGACAAGUAUGUCAAGCUCAGCAAUCAACUCGGAGGGGUUGUCGCCCAGCAGGCCUCUGAGGUCCUCAAGGGGUUCCAGGAACAGCGCAAGUUCUUGCUCAUCGCCACCAAGGCGACAAAGCCGGCUACUUCAGGAACUAGCCUGGUCGUCUACCAGAACUUGCUCAAGCCCAUCACCGAUGCGCUCAUGGCCGCAACUGAGCUUAAGGAAUCCAACCGACCCGAUCCGAUGUAUAGCAACUUGAGCGCUGUUGCAGAUGGCAUCAUGGUUUUGGGCUGGGUGACUAUUGAUCACCGGCCAUUCAACCACGUCGAAGAGUCUCUGAGCGCUGCGCAAUUUUUUGGAAACAGAGUUCUAAAGGAGCAAAAGGACAACGAUCCCAAGCAGGUUGAAUGGGUGCAGUCUUUCUAUCAGAUCUUCCAUGACCUCGGAGACUACAUUAAGCAGCACCACGCUUCCGGCGUCACAUGGAAUCCAAGAGGAGAGCCGGCCGAUGAGGUUGCCAAGUCGUUGGAUUCUAGUAAACCAGCCCAGCAGCCGCCUGUGACCAGCGCUCCCUCUACUGGCGGAGCUCCGCCACCACCCCCUCCUCCUCCUCCGCCUGGCCCGGCCCCUAUACUAGAUAUACAAGUUCAACCAGCAGGUCCCUCUCCUGCAGCGCCUGCUGGAGGAUUCGGUGCGGUUUUCUCCGAGCUCAACAGAGGUGAAGAUGUGACGAAAGGCCUGCGUAAGGUAGACAGGUCGGAGAUGACGCACAAGAACCCAUCUCUUCGUGCAGGAUCUACAGUCUCAGAUGCUCCCCGAUCCAAGAGCCCCGUUCCGGGCAAGAAGCCCAAGCCUGAGAGCAUGAGAGUCAAAAAGCCAUCUAGAAAGGUCCUCGAGGCUAACAAGUGGACUAUUGAGAACUUUGAAAAGGAGCCUCAGCCAGUGGAGAUUGAGGCAUCUCUCACCCACUCCGUACUGAUCAGCAGAUGCAACAACACCACCAUCGUUAUCAAGGGCAAGGCAAACCAAGUCACGGUUGAAAACUCCACUCGGCUAUCUCUCGUUGUUGACACGCUGGUCUCCACCGUGGACGUAGUCAAGGCAAACAACUUUGCAGUCCAAGUUCUUGGCACAGUGCCCACCGUUAUGCUGGACCAGGUUGAUAGCGCACAGGUCUAUCUUAGCAAGGAGAGCUUAGCCACGAAGCUGUUCACAAGCAAGAGCAGUGGUAUCAACUUGAAUAUCAUAUCUGGACCGGAUGACGACUACAAGGAAUUGCCCCUACCUUCGCAGAUUUGCUCCUACUACAGCGAAGAAAAGGGUGAUCUGGUUAACGAGAUUGUGGCUCAUGCUGGCUGA